AAAAUUUAACUCAGAUGGAACCAUCCAGCGGCACAAGGCAAGGUUAGUUGCAAGGGGCUUCACGCAAACCUACGGGGUAGAUUACAAAGAAACCUUUGCCCCGGUGGCAAAGAUGAACACAGUUAGAGUUCUUCUUUCGGUGGCUAUCAAUUCACAAUGGUCUCUACAUCAAAUGGAUGUAAAAAACGCUUUUCUUCAUGGAGAGUUGGAAGAAGAAGUGUACAUGCGCCUACCACCUGGUCAUGAACGAGAGAAGGAACAAGGAGUAGUAUGCAAGCUUCACAAGGCCAUUUACGGUCUCAAGCAAUCUCCAAGGGCUUGGUACUCAAAACUAAGCUCUGUCCUUAUGUCAUCCGGUUUUAAACGAAGCAAUGCAGAUUCUUCAAUGUUCACUAGGCUUGGCACACAUGGAAGAUUGGUGGUACUUGUUUAUGUUGAUGAUCUCAUUGUCACAGGAGAUAAUCCAGAAGAAAUCAAUGCUCUCAAAGCCACCUUACAUUCAACAUUCUCAAUCAAAGAUCUCGGCAGACUUAGAUACUUUCUCGGAAUCGAAAUGGAUCAAUCUCCAACGGGGUUGUUUCUAAAUCAACAAAAGUACGUUCUCGAUCUUUUAGAAGAAGCCAAUAUGAUGCACAGCAAACCUGCUAAAACACCUCUACCAACAAAUUUCAAGCAUGAAACCUCAGGCAUCCAGCUUGAAAAUGCAUCGGAGUAUCAAAGGUUGGUAGGAAAACUUAUCUAUUUGACUAUAACUCGACCUGACAUUGCUUAUGCUGUUAGCUUUGUCAGCCAGUUCAUGCAUUCUCCCACAUCUCAUCAUUUGCAACUUGUUAAAAGGAUCCUUCGAUACUUAAAAGGCUCAAUGUCUACCGGGAUUUUCAUGCAAAACAACGGACACUUCACCAUUGAAGGAUACACAGACUCUGAUUGGGCAGGCAACGUCCUUGAUCGCAAGUCCACAACUGGUUACUGCACUCUUGUAGGUGGUAACCUCGUCACGUGGAAGAGCAAAAAGCAAUCUGUUGUAGCUCGGUCCAGCGCAGAAGCUGAGUACCGUGCAAUGGCAUCUACUGCAUGCGAACUAAUUUGGCUAAAGAGUUUGCUGCAUGAUCUUGACAUCAUCUCUUCCAAGCCAACUCUCCUCCACUGUGAUAAUCAAGCAGCGAUGCAUAUUGCUGCCAACCCCGUCUUUCAUGAACGAACAAAGCAUAUCGAGGUUGACUGUCAUUUCGUCCGCAACCAAGUCCAGUCCAAGCUGUUACAAACUGCAUUUGUUCGCUCCAGUGAUCAACUAGCCGAUGUGUUCACCAAGCCCCUUCCUUCUUCUCAACUUGAUCGUAUUCUCUUCAAGCUUGGAUCCAGAAAAUCUCUCGAUCCAGCUUGA